AGGGGCGGGCAUGUGGGAGAACCUGACCCGUAACCCCCCUCGGUGGGGAGUGUGUGGGGCGGGGCCGUGUCGCAAGGUGGGGGUUUACAUUUUGGCCGUGACAGAAGGGACUGCUGCAAAAUAAGGUAGGGCCCGCUAAAGCCAACCUUAUUUGUCACCCAUGCCCAGUGCGCGUAGCAACUGGGGUGUAACCCGUUUGCCAGAGUAUUUGUCAAGGACAGCAGGCGCAGGGAACAAGGGAAGCAGGAGAGGACAAGGCACGUUACCUCAUUAAGCUUUCAUAACUGUCUGAGGUCCUGUUCACUCAGAUUACUUUGCAGGCUGAUUGCAACGGUCUACAUAGUAAUUCUUCUUAAAAUCUCAGCUUUCCCUUUUUGCUAUACUGUCUCAAUAGCCUGAAUAUUUGGUAAAACUCUGCAUGAGUGGUGCAAUUAAAUGAGGGAAAUCUUGCGGUCUAGGAUGGACAAAGUUGAGCUGAGGUUUUGGUACGUGGCCUGCAAUGUACAGUGGGUGUUGCAACGGUAAGAUGUAUGAAUUCUGCUGGUAGGAGAGAGAACUUACUUCACUGCCAUGUUUUUGUGGUUUUGAUCUACCAUAUUAUGCAUAUAAAACGACUGCUAAGAUCUUCACAAUGCUGCCUGAUGUUAUUGCUGUUUGUUAGAAAUACUUAACAAGGAAUAAACCUGUGGUGUUCAGAAUCGGUCGCCAGCUAAAAGCUGAUUAAAAAUAUCUUCCAGUAGGAAGAAUUCUUCUAUGUGGAGAUGCCUGUAUUUGCACAUACAUGAUAUCAUUAGCCACCUAAAAUUAAUGUGGAAAACUGUUAUAAAAUAAUUUUAAAAAACUGUGCAGCAGCUAUUGAGCGUUCUCAGUAAUCCAUGGGUUUAUGUCAUAUUAGUCAAAACCUGGUAUAUUCAUACUCAAUUUUCAUAUAAAACCUUAUUUGAAAGUUUUCCCAUUUAAAGUUUUUAGAGGAAUGCGCUCAGUAGAAAAUUAAAAUCUUCUUUAAAAACCAAUAGACAAUAACCUGUAACUAGCAGUCUUCUUUUGCAUUCUCCUUUACAGUAUAAGCAAGGAUUUUAAGCUCAAUUUGAAAUGCAGCCCUAGCUGUGUGUUCACUGCCUGAUAUUUUUCUGAUCUUGUGGCUCUUCCUCAUUUUACUUUUGUAGGCAGUCUCACGAGAAUACUUUGCUCAGUUCAGCAGUUACGUCUUUUCUGCCUGUCCUUUGUGUUCUUGCCUUUGCAUUCUUCAACACUUCGUGUAUCUGUGGAGUGUGAGAAUUGUUAGUACCUGUGACGCGGUACACCAAACUCAAGUGUGAAAGUGCAAGGAAAAAUUUCAUAUGUCAGUUGCUUCUGUGCCAAAGCAUUAAAUUACUCUGGAGUUACUCCUGCUGGUGCUGAGAUCUACACGUGAUUGCUAUUCACGCAGUGAGAAGCAUGGUGGGAGUACUUACAAACAGCAGAAAAGCAGGAAUCUGGCAGUACUGCCCUUUGUUGAAAAUUGUGGAAAGUUCUUUAGCACUUUUAUUCAGUGAUUAAAUUCAAGACAUGGGGCCAAUGAAAUAUAAGUCAAGCGUGUCCUCGGUGUCCUGUGGUCUGCAGUAUCACCAUUUGUUGAUAAAGUGGAGUCCAAAAAUGAAUUUACAUAUAGUGCGGACUUACUGCUCGUCAGCACCUAAGAGGCCUGAAGCCAAGUCUGCGACAGAAAUGGCCGUGGGUCUUCUUAAUCGGCUGACAGAAGCUGGGACCGUUAUGGGAAAACACUCCCUUCAAAAAAUGUCUGCAACAUGCAAGAGCUGGUGGGACAGAUAUGAAGAUUUUGUUGGAAUUAAUGAAGUUCGAGAGGCUCAGGGAAAAGUGACAGAGGCUGAAAAUAUUUUUAUGAUAGCUCGAGGGAUAGUACGAGAGGCUCGUGAAAAUGUAGAAGCCCAACAGAUAAAACUGAAGGAAAUUCGGGACCGCUUAGACAGGGUCUCUCGGGAUGACACCCAGUAUUUAGAACUGGCUACUCUGGAACACAGGUUGCUGCAGGAAGAGAAGCGCUACCGAGCUGCAUAUUUAAAUGCAGAAGAAUCUGAGAGAGAAAAAUUCUCUCUGUUCUCUGCAGCUGUAAGAGAAAGCCAUGAGAAAGAGCGAACAAGAGCUGAAAAAACAAAGAACUGGUCUAUUAUUGGUUCUGUACUGGGAGCCAUUAUAGGUGUUCUUGGAUCUACCUAUGUUAAUCGAGUAAGGCUGCAAGAAUUGAAAGUCUUGGUGCUGGAAGCACAGAAGGGCCCAGUUAAUUUGCAAGAAGCCAUCAAAGAACAGGCCUCCAGCCAUUACUUACAGCAGAAGGAUCUCAGUGACAUCAUAGCAGACCUGAAAAAUGUGCUGCAAACAAGGACAUCGCAGGAAAUGAAAGAAGGCACCUUGUUAACUAGAGAAGACAAGAAUGACUCCAUAAAAAUAGAUUCUCUUUUAAUUCCUUUAAACGAGCAGCUACACUACACUAAACAAGUCAGUUCAUGUCUAGGGAGUUUACAACAGCAGUUUAACAGUCUGCAGGAAAGUAUAGCGAAAAUGAUUUCUGAGAUGCAGAGUGUUAAACUUGCGGUCCAUUCUAGACCUGCAGAAAGGGUGACACCGAGGUCUUCAGUGGAGGGUAAGGGCCAGGCGUCUGCCGUGAGAGAUGUGAUUUUAGAAUUGUGUGAUACCGAGCGGAGACUGGAAACACAAAUGAAGAGGAAUUCUAUUUACAGCACUGCAUUGACAUGUGCUAUGUUUGCUGUUACUCUGCCAGUACUCUAUAUUAUACUUAAAGGGAACUGAUCUCUAAUUAAUUGCCACAAUUUACUAGAUUAAUAAAAGUAAACUUGCAGUCUAAGCACUUAGAGUACGAGUCCAAAUAAAGUUGAGUUAGUAUUUCUCGUUAUGCUUUCUCCUGUAUAUUUGAAAAACUUGCAAAGCCUUAGUCCAUCUACUGCUGCAGGCUCCAUGUUGACAGUCUUUGUCAUGUGUUGUGGUUUUUAACUCCUCAAGCAAAGGAAAUUCCAGUUUCAUCUGUUGAUUUCAUUCACUGUUGUACACUUUUACCAUCUAGUCCUGUAUAUCAUGACCAUCAGUGAUUCUCACUUUGGAGCUGUAUUUGUGAUUUUCUGUUCAAACGAUUCUUUUAAUCUAUCAUUGAACUAAGUGCUUCAUGUGUAAUCCUUUAUAAUUUUGCUCUUGAUUUCUUCGUAGUUUUGCAGUUUGUCCACACACGAAACAUUAGGAAUCAUUUUACCAAACAGAUAGAAAUAUUUGCUCUGAAGUUUUUAUUUUGGUUUUCGGUUUUCUUUUGGUUUUUUUGGUUAUUUUUUUUAACUAAAUCUAGACACAGUGCAGUGUCUUGUAAUGUGAGGAACAGCAGGGGCCAUGAUACAAUGUGGCUGUACAGCCAGGUGAGGCAUUUAAAAUACAUUUAAGUUACAUGUGGUAACUUUUUCCUAGGAUGGUUUAUCACAGGAAGCAUUCCUGGAGCUUCAGCUGUUUGUUACUUCGAGCUCCAUGUCCUUAAAGGCUUGCAGGCAAGGGAGAAAGAAGGGUUCAGAUACAGAGGUGUAUUAAGUAUGAUGAUGUUUAUUCUGCCAAUGCAAAACAAUUAUCUUUUCUCUACAGACUCCCUAAACCCAUUAUUCCCUAGGUAUAUUGUGGGUUUAGUAAUCACCUAUGAGUAAUCACUUUCUUAUCCCUGCUAAUAUCUCAUUAUCUUAUUGGAACUUUCUCUGGUUUUUGUUCUCUUUCCAAUUGUUACCUAUCAGGAAAUUGAAAUCCUACUCUACAGCAGGUGCUUUUAAGCCAGUAGGUUAGAGGUAACAGUGUUACACAGACUACUCCAAAAUAACAUUUGGAAAAAAGCAAAAGGUCCAGCUGCCUGUUUUUCCAGGAAGGAUGAAGAAUAGCUGAUUGAGGAAAAAUGCUUGUCUGAACAGCUAAACAUCAGUAUCUGUGAGGGGCCUCACACAAAGUUGUUGGUAUCGCUGUGAUAAGAAAUAGUUUUCUCCCUGUGAUGGUAGUAGAUAAGCAAAUGAGGUGUGGAACUCCUGCUGUAUGAGCACCUCUGUGGAACCUUUGCAGACAAAGGAGCAGCAAGCUCACUUCAUGCUGUAAUACCUUUGUGUAAGCAUUUCAGAACAACUUAAGUUGUGUUUAGUAUACACUCUGCUAUGGCGGUUUGGUUUGUUCUGUUUUUUUCCUAUCAACUCUUUCUAGUUUCUUCUGUCUAGUAACCAUAAUAAAAGAGUUUGAGGUUUUGAUUAGAAGCUCCUAAGACUGUAAGAUCUUUGGGACAUGGACGUUUACGCUAUGAGGCACCAGCUUCAUUUGUUAUCUUUAGGUGUUAUUAUAACAUGACUGAAUAAACAAUAUGAGGAAAGAUC